UAGCAGUUUGUUGUUGACGCUCACACUCGCUCAUUAGGAAUACGAAAAAAUGCGUUUUUUCUUUAAUUAUCAAUGUUAGACCAAGUGAUAUAUGAGAGGAGCGAAGGUAGUACCGCUGUGAUGCGCCCGAUGUAAUAGGGAAAAAGAGCAACCAUGGUUCGGAACAAGCCAGCGCCGCAGCAGCUGAAUGAGGCGCAGCAGAGGAGAGCACAGUGGAACCUCCUGGAUGGCCCAGGACCUGUGAACAAUGAGCAAGCGAGGGAUAACGAGGAUGUUCACAACCACGCACCCAAUCCGCCACAGAGGGAGUUCGGCCACAAUGAUCUUGCGUUGCUGAUAAAUGAUGAGCUCAUUGAUGACGAUGAAGAGGACGAGGAUUUUGUUCCGGAUCCAAUAGGGGAUGCGGCUCUGAGAAACCAUGGGUUUUUCAUGGGGCAAUACAUGCCAGAGGAGGUGGUAAUAGAUGAUGACGAAGGGGAGGAAGAAGACAACAAUGACUUGUUUGUUAUUGGAGAGGUGAAUAAUGCGAGGCAGAGGCAGAGGAGGAGGAACAGGGAGCCAAAGGAUGGGCUCAACUAUGGAAGCUUCAACCACGUUCUUAAUGACUGCCAAUUUUAUGCUAAAGUCUCCAAGAAAAACACAGGCAAAGAGACAGUGCGACGAUCGGAAGAUGUGAGAUUUUGUCACUUUGGAAUCAUGAAGUUAAGACUGAAAGGAGGUGUCAAGUAG